CCCAACCCUAGUUCAUAUGUCCCUUGCUUCGCUAUGGUUCAGUUCAGUGCAGGCCUUGGACGGUUGUGGUGGCGAGGUAUGUGCGGUGCCAUGGUGUUGGUGGUGGUGUUGCUGCUGGUGAUGAGCCUGGUGCAAACGGAAGGUUAUCAUCCGGCCUUGCUACAGGUGGAAGACAAGAUGAUCGUGUACGACUCGAGCACAGCGGAGCCUUUCUGCUACCCGGGCGCCAACCAUCCCGCCAAAAGCAUCUUCAAGGACUCUCUGGAGGCCACGGCACGUAACAUUGGACGAGUCCUGUGCCGCAGCCUUGGAUACACCCAUCUGGUGCGGGAGUACGGCGUGCCAGCCAACGGGUUCAUCGGGACACCACUGCUGAUAUUCUGUCUGGGCCACGAGCGACUCAUCGACCAGUGCACGACCGAUAGAGGCGCCAAGAACGACUGCAAUGAGCUCCUGGCCCUGGAGUGUGGCAGGUGCUCUGAGGAACGUCAGGUGGAGAUUGGCGAGACGGUAGAGAUCACCAGCCCAGAGUAUCCGAACUACACCGACGCUGCUGUCUGUGAAUGGCAACUCCGGCCCCCCACCAUGGCCUCUUUCACGCUGGAGUUCUUGAAUUUCAGACUUCCCAGCACAGAUACAAGAGGCAACUGUUACGUCGGGUAUCUGGAAGUGUCAAAGGAGGUGAAGGGGGAGGUGGUGGAGGUGAUGGUUCGGUGUGGCAGCGCCGUGCCAAUGCCUCUCACAGUUCAGGCUGAAGUUUUGCUCCUCAGGUUCUCCUCUGGAACCUUCUAUCCGAGGCCGUACAGCUCAAAGCGAGGCUUCAGAGUGUUGGUAACAGCGUCUUCCAUCCCGUGGACCUCCGGGAGGCUGAACACCAUGGAGAAUGUGUCUCUUGGACUGGGUGUGGUUCUGUUCUUGGUUAUUCUCCUUUUUGUUCUGUUCUUAAUGAGAAGGCGAGUUUGGACUCGGCGGCGGAGCAAGCAGAGGAAACGUAUGCAGGAGAGAAUAGCCUCACAGCUACCCACCUACCAUGAGGCCUUGACCGCGAUGCUUGCUGGUAUCGCUGUUAAUCCAGCAAGGCAUCCAGUGAAUCGCGGGGAUAAUGACAUGCCAGAGGUGAGCAGCAUACGAGGUGGCAGCUUGCGGGAAACAGGACGGCGUGGCAGAGGGAGGAGGUCAACUAAGGCGAUGUGUGCCAACCGCACGAACAGUGUGCCACUCCAGCCAACGAACUGUCCGCCCCUGCCGCCCCGGAUUCCCUCGUCGGCACCGCCCCCUCUCAGGCUGCACCACCCACUGCCUACCAUUGAAAUAGAGGGGGAGCCGAUCAACAUAGAGGACCAGCCCAUCUAUAUGGAAGUGGACGAAUGCAGCAGGUCUAUGAUCCAGUCCUACGUUGAACUGAAUGACCUUGAAAGAGCCAAGGUCGGAGUGUCGCCUGGGAGCCCCGUCACUUGUGCUUCCUCGUCGCCCCGCCUCGUGUCUCCCACCGUCCGUCACUGCACCAGCCAACCUCUCCUCUUUCCCGGCCAGCCAUCAUCCUCCCCCACGGCAGAAAAGAUGCUUUCCGGAAGAAUACAUGUAUGGCCAAAGAGCUCCUCUCUUUGCCUCGACAAAACUUGUACCGGCAAGACUUCUACCGGGGGACGUGUGAGCUCUUGUAUUCACAUCUCCCUGUCGUCGCGAGGAAGCAGUCCAUCCUCCAAAACGGACAACGUUUCGCUCUAUUCCUACAGCACGCCUUCCCGGUCCCUCCACCUCUCCCCCAUUCCCCUAGGGCGCUCCACCAGCAGCGGUCUCUCCUCCAGCUGUUUCAUGGAGAGCAGGAGCACAGAGUGUCAGCGAUUACCUGUUGUGGUGGAGCGGCAGGUGCGAGUGACGUCCUACAGCAGCUGCGACAGUGUUUUCACCGAUACAGAUAAAAGUGCUACGAGGGAGCAAGGGCUGUGCACGUGCUGCUCCGUUCACAAGAAAGGAAGUGACUCGUCAGAGAAAGGUCAACAGCUCUCAAAGUCUUGUGGAGACGUGUCCCGGACCCCUUCUGACCCCAAGUAUUACAGUCGCGUCCUGUUACAGCAGCAGAGCAGCAUGAACAGCAUGCUGGAGCUGGUGAGGUCAGAGCCAAGCCUGCCAAGGAGUCGGACCACGCCUCCCUUGGUCGGGCCAGUCUUGCGGCGCGUUUCGCAGAUGUUCUUCGGGUCUUCUCCCUUCCUUUCCAACUCCCCGGAGGCCACAAAGCAUUCGGGCUCUGAUGCAGCUGGGGACGAGAUGCGGCCUGAAAGAAAUGGAGCAGGGACGUAGCGCCUAGGGAAGAAUACUUCUCGCCGCGCCGUCUCCUCAUCGUCGGGCAUCUUCAGUUCCUUCAAGUGAGCUGCCAAGCAUGUAUGUGCUGAGCGUUGCUGAUGUCACGUGCACCUUCAUCGCUGUUCCGCCAGAUGUUAUGUUGAGUGAAUCAUUUUAUCUUGGUCAGCUUAAAUAGUUAACUGCACUUGAAUAAAUUCAGCCAUCUUAAAUAAUCACAAUUUAAAACUUGUUUUGAAAAUGCAUACCUGUCGCGACACCUGUGAGGAAUGGAAGGUCCAGGUGUGCUCGCCUGUGUCACGCCACUUACUGUUUGCCUCUUUGUCAGGAAGGGUUAUUUUCUGAGCCUCAGGGGUACGGUGAUCUAUAUAAUUUCAUAUUAAUAUUACUUACUGUACUUGUAUUUGUUCAUUAACUCCUCAGGAAAUUGUUUCCCUGGAAGGCACGUAAUAAAUAUUAAAUAAGAUAUCAUUCAACAAAGCUAGGAACUUUAAAUACCUUAAUAACAGCACAAAAAAAAAACCCACCGACAGGUGUAAUGUUUAAGUAAGAAGCAUUUCAAAAAAGUUUGAUUUUUAAAGAUUUUUUUAUUAUUAUCUUUAAUCUGGUUGCGCUUAUACCAAAAAGUCCCGACUUGAUUGUGUCAUAUGUUGUUACACGACUCUCAAUGGCAAUGACGUAAGUCUACAUACGUUGGUUGGGUCAGUAUGUACAUGUAUAUAUGAUGUAACUAAAUUUUGUGCAACAAUUAUCUCAUAUUACAUAAAACAUCAAACGUUGAGGGCUGUGGAAGGGUGUCUUUGCUCUUGUUGGCCUCAGUUUGACGAAGCGAUUUAGAAGUGUCGGUCAGUGUUGCAUCAGCCUUCACCUCGACGCUCACUUGGGGCGCCGUGGUGUUCCUUGUUGCGUCAUGUUGCUGAGGCGGGAGAGAAUCCGUUAUUCCAGAAGUGUUCAGAGACUCCCAAGAGUGUCCAGACGGCACGUUGCGCCAUUCACGUAAGGUUAGUGACCUGCACCACAGUGAGGGUCGAGUGUGCACAAACACUGUAUGUCUGUGGACUGUGAUGGAUUUAUGUUGUGCUGAAAAGGGCUAACGAGAAAAAAAAAAAAAUCUUAACCACUAUGGUAGGAAGAAAUCUAUUCUAUUUGAAUAAGGAGUGGAAGCGAUGUUUUUGAAAUCUUAAACGCGUAUUAUUGACAGCAUGGUUGAAAUUAUUAUAACUCCCAAAUCAAAACCUGCAAUUUGAAACGCUCUGGGCUCUCAAAUGAAUUAUUUUUAUUGACUACAGACGAUUGUUUGUAUUCUUACGUGUGUAUUGCUAUUGAUGGAGAAUCUUUGUUAAACUUGUUACUAGAUCAAAAAAAGCAUUGGAAAACACCACGUUAUUUCCAGAAGACAGCCUGUUAAAGGUAGCCAGUGUAACGCCGCGGUUCCACAUCCCCGUGAUAGGAAACGCCAAGACAAUGACGGCAACGAAAUAAGGAAUGGAGAGCAUGCGAGUGUCAACUGGUGGCUAGCAUCUCAAUAACAUCUGUGUAGCGUAAUGGUAAUGCAAUCGCAGCAGACAGUCAUACACUAAGGGACAAAAAAUAAUAAACAAACGUGAGAAUUUACAUACAAAAGUAUCAAAUAGUGUACACAUGAACUUGUAGGAAUACACCCACACACACACACACACACACACACACACACACUGCGUGAUAUUAAUUCAGUAAUGGCUGUUUGUUCAUCAGUACUGUGUUGCGUUGGUAUUCAAGGCAGUGAUAGUGUGAAGGCUUUGAAUCUUGCCAUUGAGAGUACUUACCUUGUUGCAAUUAUACUUACAAAGCUGCAUUCUAUCAGUAAGUUGGUGACACUUUUGAGAUGUUUGUCUUUCUUAGCACAGUAGUCAUUAAGUCAGUAGCUAGGGGCUGCAGGUGACGCCUCAAAGGUGUCGUUCGAAUCACAGUGGGAGAUACUUGACCUCUUCCCAAUACGUAAAUGUCUACAAGCAAACCAGCUCUCCGUAGGAACAAAACUAAAGGCUUAGUAAUAUUCCGAAAUCCUAGUUAUUCUCUCAGUCCAUGACAUAUUAAUGGGAGGAAGGUUGUAAGUGCUUGCUGGGUCAAUUAAUGCCACGAGGGAAGGUGCGCCGUGCUGGGGAAGAGGGAGUGGUGGUGUGGAGAUGCCGUAGACUUUCAGAUGAGGCGCUGACGCAAGGUGAUUUAGAGGCUGCCACAAUUGCUAUCGCUCAGGAUUAAAGCAUUUCUUUUGGCCUUAGCUUUGUAGAGUAUUUAUUCAGCACGAAGAAUAGAACAACACUGCUCCUAAACAUUGUUGGUGCAAGCGGUGGUCUGCCAGUCUUAGACUACUAUGGGACCGGUAAAUAGGGGCUCACUGAAACAGGAGUCAUUUCAGCGUUCAUACUAUCUUUAAUAAGGAUUGUCUGAUUACAUAUUACCCUUUUUGUUACUGUGUGAGCCAAGCAGCAUAUCUUCCAAAACCAGACUUAAAUAUAUAAAAUUUAAUAUUACACAAGAGGUGAUAGAUAGUAUACGACCAAGUGUGAUUUUGUGAAAUGAAUAAUAAUAGACAAUUCAAAAACAUUAUAUUAUAAUCUGUGGAGCUGAAUUGCUCUUUUCGUUUUUUUUUUUUUCGAUGUGAGAAAUCUCUUUACAUGUGACGAAGUCAAAGGCAUGCAAGGUAAACACUGCGGUGAUAUGCUUCUGUCCCAUUCUAUACAAAACUGGGAGAAAAGCCAACACUUCCCAUCCCAUUCGGGGAGGCGAGGCCUCGGCUGCGU